AUGGAGCUUUUUAAAGAACUAAUUCUGCUGCUUCUAGUUACUUGUGUCUUGGCCAAUCCUACAUCAACCUCCUCCAAGAACGAUUACCUAAAGAAACUCAGCAGAAUUGUUGGGGGUAGUAAUGCCAAUGAUGGGGAGUGGCCCUGGCAAGUCAGUCUGCAGUAUGAAGGAAACCAUAUUUGUGGUGGGACGCUGAUCUCCAACCAGUGGGUGAUGACUGCUGCUCACUGUGUGGAAUGGACAAGUGAUUAUGACAGCUUUUCGGUCGUCUUGGGCAUGUACCAGCUGAAUACUCCAAGCUUCCAUGAGAUUCAACUCUACUUGGAUGAGGUCAUUAUUCAUCCUGACUAUAUUGGAGUCUUGACCAGAGGGGACAUCGCUCUCCUGAAGCUUUCCGCGCCCGUCAGCUACACCCCAUACAUCCAAGCCGUCCGGCUUCCAGAUGAAACGUCCAACUUCCCCUGUGGCUUGGACUGCUGGACCACAGGCUGGGGGGCCACAGACAGCGGCUGGGGGAAUGAAAAUCUGACCCUGCAGGAGGUGGAGGUCCCUCUAAUAGACCACGUGACAUGUGACCAGCUUUAUCAUGUCUGGUCCUCAGUGAAUGCAAGCACCAUUAUAAUCCAUGACUACCAGAUCUGUGCUGGGUACCUAGAUGGUAAGAAGGACUCUUGUCAGGGAGACUCUGGAGGGCCUCUGGUGUGUAAGGUGCAGGGCUCCUGGUACCAGGUCGGUAUUGUCAGCUGGGGUGAAGGAUGUGGUUCUCCAUACCGCCCUGGAGUCUACUCUCUUGUGCCGAACUAUCAGCAGUGGAUCCAGCAGUAUGUGCCCGAUCUGAAGUUUAUGAAGCUGACGAACAUUCAGCCAGACAUGAAAUGCUUUGACCUCCCUCCCGAUGCAGAUGCUAGCACUCUGCCCUGCUCAUGUGACAGAUACACGGGUACAUGGCUUCUUACAAGAGACGGCUCUGACAACUGUGGCUAUAUGAGCCUCACAGGACAGGUUGUCAGCCCCGGAGGAAAAGCAGAGUUCUUAACCACCAUAGACAAUUGA